AUGCAUUCUGCUAGUCUGUUCACCAAUCCAUAUGCUGUUGAGGUUCUCCAGUAUAAGAAAAAGGAUCUGGUGAAUGGUAUAAAUAACAUUGAACGUCUGCUGGACCAUCUCAUCGGCCAAGGUAUUUUGUCACCGGAAAAGAAACUCCUGCUUUCGAAAUACAGGACCCGUGAGGAAAAGAACUCCAGGGUUCUGGAGAUUCUGCUCUCCCAAGGUGAGAGAGCUUGUAGACUCUUCUUUUACCCCUGUCUGAAACUUGUUGAGCCAGCCUUGUACAAUAGCAUUCGGAUGUAUGUGAGCGGCGUGAAUGAGAACAUUAGAGAUGCUAAGAGGCAGCUGGUUGGGUACCUGUUGGAAAAGGAAACAAAUGGGCCUCCUGAAGCUGUCCAAGAGACCCCUAAAAAGACCAUCUUGGCAGCGGUCCCACUAAAGAAAGAAAAGACCAUCAAGAAGGGACUGUUUGAAGCUGCUGCAGCUGGAGAUGUUUCUUACUUGGAGAAAAUCUUGAAAGACGGCGACGUUAACACAGUCAAUUCCUCAUAUGAGACUCUCUUGCACAUAGCCGCCUCUCAUGGCCAAGUCCCAGUUAUUGAGUAUUUGCUCAGCAAGGGUGCCAAUCUGGACAUGAGAGACAAGAAUGGGAGCUCACCAUUGCACCGGGCGGCUGAAAGAGGUCAUGCCCAGGCUGUGAAGGUGCUCCUAGGGGCAGGAGCUAACAUCUAUUCCACGGACAAAAAAUCCAAGACACCGUUUCACUUGGCUGCCCAAAACAACCACCUCAGUAUAGUCAAGAUGUUGGUGGAGGAAGAGACUAGGAACUAUAAAAACCAGAAGAAUUUCCUGCACCUGGUGGCUUUCAAGGAUGAGAGCAGCCUAGUGCAGAUUCUUCUAAAGAAGGGCGCCCCAGUGGAUGCCAAAGACGAGAAAAAGAAAACGGCGCUGUUUCACGCCGUUUCUCUGGGUUUUGAGAAGACUGUGAAGGUUCUGCUUGAAGCUGGUGCCAAAAUUGACUCUUCUGUUAUCGACGCAGCAUUUAAUAGCAACAACCAAUUGAUAUUUGGGUUGAUCCUGCAGCACGCUGAGGACCUUUCCCCUGACACCAGAGUGUCUGCACUUUUUAAGGCCGUGCAGAGAGAUCUGCAUGGAAUCAUCGCAGCUUUAAUAGACAAGGGAACGGAUGUGAACGCACGGAAUGACAUGCAAUACACCCCUUUGCUGUUGGCUGCAGAAAUGGGCAAACUGGAAGCUGUCAAAGUGCUUGUUUCAAGACAGGCACGACUGGAUGACAAGCUACCCAACCUCAACACAGCUCUGCACCUGGCUGUUCAAAGUGGGAGUCUCCCCUGUACAAAGCUCCUGCUAGAGAAAGGGAUGGAUGCUAAUACUGCAGGCCCAGGUGACCAAUCUCCUUUGCACGUUGCUGCCUUCCACAAUAAACCAGCAUUAGUUGAACUGCUGAUUAAAGCUGGAGCCAACGUGAAUGCAGCGACUAAGGAGUCUCUCACCCCCUUGCACGCUGCUUGUCAGCGGGGUCAUGCUGAUGUCACCCAGCGCUUGAUCCAGUGCAAAGCGAAUAUCAACGCUAAAGACAAGCACUCCAAGACACCUUUGCAUUUCGCCGCAGAUCAAGGCAACGGCGCGAUGGUGAAACAGCUUCUCAAAAGCCACGCCGAUCCUAAUUCUGCGGACAAGGAGAAAAAGACACCCUUGCACGUGGCAGCCACGGAGGGGCAUUUAGAAGCCGUGUCUGCAAUGCUGGCUGCCAAGGCAAGGCUCGGAGCUAAGGACAUGGAUGGCUGUACGGCCUUGCACUACGCAACUGCCAAAGGGCAUGCCAGCGUGGCGACGGCUCUUUUGGCUGCUGGAAAAAAUAAGAACGUAGACGACAAAAAUGUGUGGCGGAGGACCCCUCUGCACCUCGCAGCAGAACACGGGCAGGACGCGCUCAUAGAGCUGCUGCUGGGCUGCGGAGCGGCUGUCAAUCCCCUCGACAACAACAAGGACACCCCGCUGCACUGCGCCUGCAAGUCCGGUCACUACAGCUCUGUGUACAAACUGGUGAGCAGGACCCAAGGAGAGAAACCCAACCUGCAGGCUACAAACAAUGUGAAAAAGACCCCUCUGCAAGUGGCACAGUCAGGGGACACUGACAACCACCAGCACAUAGCCAGCUUUCUGAAAAAGAAAAUGCUAUUAAUGAAAUAGUGAAGCUCCAAAAAUAUUAUAACACUAGCACUAGAAUUUCAACCAGAUGCCAAAAUUUGCUGCAGUCUGGAGUGUAUACUGGGCUAGUGGAUGGAUUAAGGUAUUUGAAAUAGUGGUCAAACAUGCACAAAAGCAGAUUCAUUAUAUGCAGUAGUUACAAUGUUGAUAGAAAAUGUCCCUUAUAUUUCAUGAA